UCUCUACAUUCCACCUUGUUUCCCUCCCUUAGACCAUGAGAUAAUCGCUUUCCUCCAUUUGCCUGUAUUGAAAAAAGUAUAGUUAUGUUAUCCAGCAGAGCUGGUCCCUCUGGUACUCAUUGGAAUGUGGUGACGCGGCCCAUUCGGAAUGUCCCCAACGUCACCUCGGGCAGACGAUCCAAAGCCUCGUUUUCCUCUCAUUCAUCUUCGAUCCUUUACGCUGCAACCACAAAUACCCUCUCAAUUCGAACAUUCAACUCUCGUCGACUUCCUUCGGCCAUCUCACUCGUCGCUCUCGAUCCUUCGUCCUUUCGAUCCGCACGUGACAGCAGGUACAUCACCACAGAGCCCACUCGUACAGCUCAACCGUCUGUCCCUCCUCCCGCAGCUCCUCUGACCAAAUCUAUUCAAGAUGAUACUGAAGUUAAGGGAGUACCACCACCUGGAUCCCCUCCUCCUACACCUCCUUUACCCAUCUCUGCCAUACCGCCAAAAAUCGCCGAGGUGGCGGAGAAAGAAGCCAAGGAAGUGAAAAAGAAGGAAGAGCCAAAAGGGUCACUGCCCAGUAGAGUGUGGACCACAGUCAAAAAGGAGGCUCAGCAUUAUUGGCAGGGUACGAAACUAUUGGGGCAGGAAAUAAAAAUCAGUUCGAAGUUACAGUGGAAGGUACUUAAUGGUGGAACUCUUACUCGACGUGAACGAAGACAGUUGAGACGCACAACUACGGAUCUACUGAGAUUAUUACCCUUCAGUGUCUUCGUCAUCGUACCCUUCAUGGAAUUCCUCCUUCCUAUCGCCUUAAGGUUAUUCCCCAAUAUGCUUCCAUCAACUUUUGAAGGGGAAUUUGCUGCUGCGGAGAAACAACGUAAAUUACUGAGAGUACGAAUCGAAAUGGCCAAAUUCCUUCAAGAAACAGUACGAGAAAGUGGGUUGAAAGCAGAUGCAGUAGUCAAGAGUGAUGAAUUCAAGCAAUUCUUCCGCAAAGUACGCUCGACCGGCGAAACUCCUUCACAAGCCGAUGUUGUCCGAGUUGCCAAGUUGUUCCACGAUGAUAUCACUCUCGACAAUCUUUCCAGACCUCAAUUGGUGUCAAUGUGUAAAUACAUCGGCAUCAACGCUUUUGGAACAGACAAUCUGCUCAAGCAUCAAAUCCGGAAUCGUCUUGAGAAAGUCCGAGUGGACGAUAUGAUGAUUCAUGCGGAGGGAGUCGAUUCACUGUCUACCAAAGAACUACAACAGGCCUGUCAAUCUCGGGGUAUUCGUUUCCAAGGCGUCUCACCUGCCAGGCUACGGGAAGAGUUAGAACAAUGGAUUGAUUUCCAUUAUAUCAACGGUAUAUCUGGUGUGUUAUUGGUGCUCAGUCGUGCUUUCAACUUUGAGAGCAAAGGGGACAACGUCAUGGGGGCUUUGAUAACAACCCUUUCAAGUCUUCCGGAGAAUUUGAUUAACGAAGCCGAGUUACAUGUCGCGGAAGAUGCAACAUUCAGGCAAAAAUUAGAGGUCUUGCAACAACAACAAGAGUUGAUUGAAGAUGAGGCAGAGCAGGAACAGAAAGAAGUGGAGGCACGCAAGGCUGACGAGGCCGCUAAGAAAGAGGCGGAGGCUGCUAAAAAGGAAGCCGAGGUUGCGGCGAAGGAAGCUGAAGAGCCGGAGAAGACAGAACAGCCUACCACGGAACCCGAAGCAGCUGCAAAAGUUGCAAAGGUGGAAGAAGAAACGGCUGCAGCUGCCGCUGCAGCAGCGGCUGAGGAUGCUAGGAUGACCAAGGAGCAAUUGGGAGAGUUGGCUGAGGCUUUGAACAUUCUUACUGCAAAGAGCAGUAUCGUCAAAGAGAGAGAUGAGCUAGCCGCUCUGUUGGAGGAUAAUCUCUUGUCCGAAGCUGAAAGCAAAGAACGUCCAGACGAAACAGAUCAAGCUUCUAUUGCCGUGUCCAAACGCGUCCGCUCCAUGAUUAAGAAGAUCGAUACUCAGCUGGAGAAAUACGACGAAAAGGUCGGCUCGAGCUUGAAUGUUAUUCAGACCAAUGUCAAGGGACAAAUCUCCUUGGCCGAUCUGGAAAGAGCAUUACGGGUGAUCAAACAUGCCCCGCCGGAGGAGGCGAUACAAGGAUUGGGCAAGAAGCUGGAUGUGGAUUCUGAUGGCUUUGUGGAACUCGAUCAUGUUGUGGAAUUGACCCAGGACCGAGGACUGGGAAUCACCCCAGAAGAUGCAGCUGCCAAAGAUAUCUUGUCUUCCGGGAAAGAUAUCCGACAGAAGGAUAUCAAACAACUCAAACCGAAACGCGAGGACAUUGUUGCAGACGAAUAAAUCCCAUCUCACAAACACUAAGCAUAUGCAUAAACUUGCAC